GGCGAGAGGCUUUGAGUCUGGGGGCGCUGAGGCGCGGGAAGGUUUCGGGAGCGGCGCGGCUGAGGGACGGGGCAAGGCCCAAGAGGUCACGGAGGACUUUGCAGACUUGAGCUGGUGGCGCCUCAGGGCACUCCUCAGGCCCGUGGGCCUUGUCCCGCCCCAUCCUGGUCAGUUCCCAACGGCUUACGCUUGUCAUUCCUGCAAGGGUUGCCCGGUCAGCAACCGUCGCGGCGGGUUACCGGGUACUGCUUACCUCAGAGGCAACCUCCGCGGUUAGGGUUACGGUCAUAAAUAAUUACCACCAUCCUCCAAUGCCUGCUGCACCUCUGCUCCCCUAUCCCGUAUGAGUUCAUCACUGCCACAUUCUGCUGCACCCCAGAAGCUUAGCUCAGACCUUGAGAACAGCACCAUUCAGCAACAGAGGCAAGAAAUCCAGCUUUUAACUGCAGAACUGAAAGAUCGUGAUAAGGAGCUCAAUGACAUGGUUGCAGUGCAUCAGAAACAGCUUCUGGCCUGGGAACGUGACCGGCAGAAAACACUGACUUUAGCUGAGCGAUGCAAUUUACUAAACAAUGAGCUUAAGAAGAGAAAUGAAAUCAUAAAAUCCUUGGCACAACAGAAGUUUAAAGAGAUGUCUCAAAAAGUAACAGAUGCAACUGUUCGCUGUCAUGCUCUGGAGGAGAAAAAUCAAAGUCUCCACUGCUCAGUUUUGGAACUGUCUGCUAAAACAGGCCAGCUGCAGGCAAGGGAACAGGAGCUUCUUACUAUGCUUAAGCUGAAGGAUGAGGCUAUACUUGAAACAACUGAUCACAUUACUGAGUUUACAUCUAAAUUCAGAAAGCUGGAAAGUGCACUGCGUGCAGCAAAGGUGGAGAAAUUCAAUCUCAACAGGAAAAUAGAAGAUCUCACACUGAGACUGAAAGAAUUGAUAGUAGAAAGAAAUAAGCUGAAAGAUGACCUCUGUGAAAAGGUGAAAGAAAAUAAUAAGCAGGAGGAAGAAAUCAUUCAGCUCAGACAAGAAAAUGGCUGCUUGAGGGAUGAGCUCGUGCUCACUGUUGAGAAAGCAAAGAGAGUGGAGCAGCUUCUUCAGUUUGCCAAGUCUAAACAAGCACGGACUAACACUGAGCUAGAAAGUUUGCGACAGAUCUACCAGAAACAGCAGUGUGACUUGCAAUUUCUUCAUGUCAGUUUGGAGAGCUCUCAGGAAUUAAGGCAAAAGCAUGUAAAAGCAGCUCAUGAAGGGAGCAUAGAUCUGACAUGCUCUAUCCCUGAAAGUAACAGCGAGACAGACUCGGUUAGUUCUGAGGGCAGCCGCGAGAUAUACAAGGAGCGUAGAACUGAACAGGCUCCAAAAGGUAGGGUAAAAACCACCUCUGAGAUGUGUGAAGCAGAUAAUAGACUGUUACUGAGUGCAUCAGACACAGAAGAAACUACCUCAGAGCACUUAAAACAAGAAGUUGUGAAAGUCUUGUUUGCCCUCACAGAAGAAGAAAAGCAAGAUGUUGCAUCAAGCAGUGAUGAGCUAGACAGCAAAGCAUUUUGCAAAGCAAACUACACAAUGCCAUUGAGAAACAGGGAUAUGUCUCAGAAUGAAGUGGAAAGCAGAGAGCAGCAAACCUUUGAGUCGCCUUUAACCGAAAGUGAGCAUUGGCUUAACAUCAGUUCCUGUGCGGAGUCACAAAGUCCUUUGACCCAGAACACAUCUGGCAAAACUGAUAGUGAAAAGAAAACCUGGCGAGAGAGAACUGAAAUUGUGUUUUAUCAAAAGAGCAGAGAGGCUCCUGCUGUGGUUCACAAAUCUGAAUCUGAUUCCUCUAGUGAUAACUUCAAUGUGGAAAGAGAUGCCAGGUGGAAGCCAGUAUCAGAUCUGGAAUGGCUGGAGAUUUUCAAACCCAUAAGUGGAGAUGGAAGUGCAUGGCAUGGAAAAGAUUGCAGCUGUCUCAGGAGUGAACAAGAGAUGAAAUGUGCCAGCUCAGAAAGUGAAGAGAAUGUGGACUUGGAUUCUUUUCACUUGGAUUCUAUCUGUUUGACAUCCACCCAGAAAAGAGACAAGUCUCAAACAUGUGAGAAAACCUCUGAUGAAGACUUCCCUCUGGAGAUCAAUCACCUUUCAGGGACUAAGCCAACAAAUAGAUGCUGCAAAACUGCCAUGGACCAAGAUGCCAGUUCCCCCAUAAGCAAGCUGCGGCAUGCGCUGGCCGACUAUCGACAGAUGAUUGCUGAUCUGGAGCUUAGCACUCUCCUCCAAGCAACCCCUCACUGCAGCCCCGACAGGAGCAAUGCUAACAGGACACCAGAACUUGCAGAGACUUCUCACAGAACCCAGCUACCUGCUGCAGAAGAAAGAGAUUCGUUGUCUUGUCUAUGAUGUUCUGUGAGCACGAAGGUCUUUGCCUUCCUGCAGUGGCUGAAGAAGUUUCCAAGACAGAAUUAAUUUUGAGAACUGAAGACCAUCAACCCAUCAGCUGCAGUGGAAAGUUACCUCAUUUUUUUUUCCAUGGCUCUCUUGAGUGUUUGAAAAACUCACAAGUAGCAAAGUGAUGUGACUCUGCAGGAGUGUUUUUUAUCCUGAAAUAAAACAUAGAAUUAUGCCAAGAUUAACAGAACUAUUUUUAUAGCUGAGCUCUCAGGUUAAAUACUGGCUUGUUUUUGAAGAGUCUUAAGUGUGUGGUUGUUACAACACAGGAACUAUUUUUCUGUCUUCUUUUAUGGUGGCUCAGAAAUAUUUAUAGCGUAUGACACAGCCAAGCA